UAACCACCCCCACCCCCCCCUUCUUACCGGGGGUCAGAGGUGACCGCUGCUACAAAAAUACUCCCGGCGCACGUCAGUCGCACUCGAUCUCCUCCUGGUCCCCCGUGUAGACACCCGGACCUCACCUCUAAGGCCCCCAACUUUGUCUUCCCCCCAAUUGUCUCGUGCCUCAGGCAGGGAUGAGCGAGACUCACGCCGAGUACCGUUCGCCCCUCGUGAGCCGCUACGCGUCCCCGGAGAUGGCGCGAAACUUCGGCGACGAGAAGAAAUUCUCCACGUGGCGCCGGCUCUGGCUGCUGCUCGCGCGGGCUCAGCAGACGCUAGGCCUGCCCGUCACCGACGUCCAGCUCGCAGAGAUGGAGGCGAACCUCCACAACAUCGACUGGGCGAUGGCGGCCGAGGAGGAGCGGCGGUGUCGACACGACGUGAUGGCGCACGUGCACACCUUCGCACACACCUGCCCCACCGCGGCCCCCAUCAUCCACCUGGGCGCCACGUCCUGUUACGUGGGCGACAACACGGACCUGAUCGUGAUACGCGAUGCCUUUGACAUCCUCCUACCAAAAUUGGCACGUGUCAUCGAUCGUCUCAGUCGCUUCGCGGAGAAACAUGCCGCAUUGCCCACGCUGGGGUUUACGCAUUUCCAGCCUGCCCAGCUGACGACCGUGGGCAAGCGCUGCUGCCUGUGGCUGCAGGACCUGGUGAGCGACCUGCACAGUGUGGAGCGCAUGCGGGGGGAGCUGCGCUUCCGCGGGGUGAAAGGCACGACGGGGACACAGGCCAGCUUCCUGCAGCUCUUCAACGGGGAUCACGACAAGGUGGAGAAGUUGGAUGAGUUGGUUACCAAGUUGGCCGGAUUUGACAAGGCACUGCUCAUCACGGGGCAGACGUACAGCCGCAAGGUGGACGUGGACAUCAUGGCCACGCUGGCGAGCCUGGGCGCCUCUGUGCAUAAGAUUUGCACAGACAUCCGCCUGUUGGCUCACCUCAAGGAGGUGGAGGAGCCAUUUGAGAAGGAUCAGAUCGGCUCGAGCGCGAUGGCGUACAAGCGGAACCCGAUGCGGAGUGAGCGCUGCUGCAGCCUGGCACGCCACCUCAUGACGCUCGUCAUGGACCCCCUGCAGACGGCGUCCACGCAGUGGUUCGAGCGCACGCUCGACGAUAGCGCCAACAGGCGGAUCUGCAUCCCGGAAGCGUUUCUCACCACCGACAUCAUCCUCAGCACGCUGCAGAACGUGGGCGAAGGGCUGGUGGUCUACCCCAAGGUAAUCGAGCGCCACAUCAAGCAGGAGUUGCCUUUCAUGGCGACGGAAAAUAUCAUCAUGGCCAUGGUGAAAGCGGGGGGCGACCGGCAGGAGUGCCACGAGCGGAUCCGCGUGCUGUCCCAGGAGGCGGCCGCCGUCGUGAAGCAGGAGGGCGGCGACAACGACCUGGUGGAGCGCGUGCGCGCCGACGCGUACUUCUCCCCCGUGCACGAGCAGCUGCCCUCGCUGCUCGACCCCGCCACCUUCGUCGGCCGGGCCCCCCAGCAGGUUACCAAGUUUCUGCAGGUGGAGGUGCGCCCCCUGUUGCAAAAGUACAGCAGUCAUCUGCAGGGCUCCGUGCAGCUCAGCCUGUGAUGAGGCGGGGCGGGGGGGAUUUGAUGGGGCGACUGAACCCCUCUCAGACGUUCCUGCAAUUAAAUAGGGGGGGGGGGGGGGGUGGGGGCAAUCCCUAGGGGCCCAACCCAGACUUCCCAAUUUGGGGGGCCCAAUCCCCUCACCUCUCUGCUGUCCUGUCCGCAAACCUGCAUUCCCUGACGCUACCCAAUGUCAUGACUGGAAACCCCAAAGCAUUUAAUCUCUAACAAAUAACCAGACUCUGCUCAGUGGUUAUUUAGCUUGGUUUGUUAAUUUCACAAAGUUGCCUUUUGCAUCUGCCUGCUUGCCAGGUGUCCAGUGCUCCUGUUUGGUACUUUUGCUGACAUUAAUGAUGUCGAUGAUGUUGAUGACGCUGUGACAUGUUAGCAAAGCUCCUGAGGUGAUGCUAAAGUGGCCCGAUGCCGCAGGAUUGCAUGCGAACGCUGUUUUUGGUGCGUUGUUUUUUUCUCACGUGAAUUAUUGAACGAGUUCUUUGUGAAAGAAUAAAACAGACAAAUGAC